AUGGGCUCCAACUUGCCUGCUCAACCAAAUCUUAGGGUCACAAUCAUCGCCGCUGAUGGACUCUACAAACGUGAUGUUUUCCGCUUUCCCGACCCUUUCGCAGUCGCCACGGUUGGUGGUGAACAAACCCACACCACCUCGGUGAUCAAGAAAACACUCAAUCCAUACUGGAAUGAAGUCUUUGACCUGAGGGUGACCGAAGAUUCCAUUCUCGCCAUUCAGAUUUUCGACCAGAAGAAGUUCAAGAAGAAGGACCAGGGUUUCCUGGGUGUUAUUAAUGUGCGCAUUGGAGACGUGAUUGAUUUAGACGUUGGUGACGAUGAGAUGCUCACUAGAGAUCUGAAGAAGUCAAAUGAUAAUCUUGUUGUCCACGGGAAACUGAUCAUAAACCUUUCCACUAACCUGUCAACGCCUGUGCUGCCACAAAACGGAUCAUUAAGGGCGCCCAUUACCGCUCCCCCAUCCUCAAACCUUUCAUAUCAGCAACAACUUCGCCCUCAGUCGUCCGCAUCAGCCGCUGGUACAGCAGCUAGCCAAAUGGCUGGCGAUCAGUCAUCUGCUGCUCCCUGUUCCGCCCUUCUCUCAGCUCGAGCUACAUCUGCAGCAACCCCCACGACCUCUAUCGCGGCCCCGGUCACUGGACCUAGUCACCAACCCAAUGGAUCUGCUUCUUCCAGGGCAAAUCUGAGCUCCUUUGAAGAUAGCCAGGGAAGGUUGCCUGCAGGUUGGGAAAGGCGGGAGGAUAAUCUCGGCCGCACAUAUUACGUCGAUCACAACACAAGAACCACAACAUGGACAAGGCCUUCGCAGCACUACAACGAGCAGGCCCAGCGCACCCAAAUGGAAGCCAACAUGCAAAUGGAACGCAGAGCCCAUCAGAGUCGAAUGCUUCCAGAGGACAGAACCGGCGCAAGUUCGCCAAACCCACCAGAGAACCAGCAGACAAGUACCCCGCCAGGCACCACCAAUGCAAAUGCGGUUUCGAUGAUGGCCACGGGGGCUACGACAGCUGGCACUGGUGAGCUUCCAGCAGGGUGGGAACAGCGAUAUACACCAGAAGGUCGCCCAUACUUUGUCGACCAUAACACGAGAACAACCACCUGGGUUGAUCCUCGUCGACAGCAGUAUAUUCGCAUGUAUGGCCAGAAUGCCAACGGAAACAAUACCACAAUCCAACAACAGCCUGUGUCCCAACUGGGACCGCUACCAAGUGGUUGGGAAAUGCGCCUAACGAAUACGGCACGGGUAUACUUUGUUGAUCACAACACGAAGACUACCACGUGGGACGAUCCUCGGCUGCCCUCUUCUCUUGACCAAGGUGUUCCGCAAUAUAAACGUGAUUUCCGGCGCAAGCUUAUCUACUUCAGAUCCCAGCCCGCUCUGCGAAUCAUGUCUGGCCAAUGUCACGUCAAGGUUCGACGAGGUGCUAUUUUCGAAGAUUCGUAUGCGGAGAUUAUGCGCCAGAGCGCUUCCGAUUUGAAGAAACGGUUGAUGAUCAAGUUCGAUGGGGAAGAUGGACUCGAUUAUGGUGGUCUUUCCAGAGAAUUCUUCUUCCUGCUCUCGCACGAAAUGUUCAACCCUUUCUACUGCCUUUUCGAAUAUUCUGCCCACGAUAACUAUACCCUCCAAAUCAACCCACACUCAGGCAUUAACCCUGAACACUUGAAUUACUUCAAGUUUAUAGGGCGCGUUGUUGGUCUUGCCAUUUUCCACCGUCGUUUCCUUGAUUCAUUCUUCAUCGGUGCAUUUUAUAAGAUGAUGUUGAGGAAGAAGGUGACGCUACAAGAUAUGGAGGGCGUAGACGAGGAUUUCCAUAGGAAUUUAACGUGGACAUUGGAAAAUGAUAUCACCGGUGUAUUCGAUGAGCUGACGUUCUCGAUUGAUGAUGACCAGUUUGGCGAAAGGAAGACUGUAGACUUGAUUCCCAACGGCUCUAACAUCCCUGUUACCAAUGAAAACAAGAAGCAAUAUGUUGAACUUAUUACGGAAUGGAAAAUCCAAAAACGAGUCGAGGAGCAAUUCAACGCCUUCAUAACCGGCUUCAACGAACUCAUCCCGGCAGACCUUGUCAACGUCUUUGACGAGCGCGAGCUGGAACUCCUCAUCGGCGGUAUCGCAGACAUCGACGUGGAUGACUGGAAGAAACACACAGACUACCGCGGCUACCAGGAGCAGGACGAAGUGAUCCAGAAUUUCUGGAAGGUUAUUCGGACCUGGGAUGCGGAGCAAAAGUCUCGCUUGCUGCAAUUUGCAACGGGUACUUCGCGCAUUCCUGUCAAUGGCUUCAAGGAUCUUCAGGGCAGCGACGGGCCCAGACGGUUUACUAUUGAGAAGUCUGGGGAGAUUACUGCGUUGCCCAAGUCGCAUACAUGUUUCAACCGCUUGGAUCUACCACCGUACAAGACCUACGAGCAACUGCAGAGUAAACUCACCAUAGCCGUCGAAGAGACCUUAGGUUUCGGCCAGGAGUAA